GGCCGUGCCUGUAUCUAAACUGUAUGCAAUCAAUGUGUCUUUGAUUGCGUCAUAGAUACUUGAAGGGGAAGUAUUUUGUUAUUUUUUUGUUUUUUUGUAAAUAAACGUUUUAGGAUGUAUUUGAACUCGAAAUUAAAUGUACUGAAUAUGAAAUCUAGAGCACUGUUGUAAAUGACCAGUUUUUAUUUUUUGAUUGUCACAUCCGAAAAUGGAUAUCCAAGGAAGAUACAAUGUUCGGAGUCCUGCAGUUAAAAGGUUAAUGCGAGAAGCGUGUGAAUUGAAGGAUUCCACGGAAGAAUACUGGGCACGCCCACUAGAUGACAACUUGUUCGAAUGGCAUUUUACUGUGCGUGGACCGCCGGCUACCGACUUUGAAGGUGGAGUGUAUCAUGGAAGGAUAAUACUACCAACGGAGUAUCCCAUGAAACCUCCAAAUAUAAUACUGUUAACACCAAAUGGAAGAUUUGAAGUAAACAAAAAGAUUUGUUUAAGCAUAUCUGGCCAUCAUCCAGAAACAUGGCAACCCUCGUGGUCCAUACGUACUGCUCUUCUUGCACUGAUAGCAUUUAUGCCAACUCCUGGAAGUGGUACAAUUGGAUCUUUAGACUACACACCAGAAGAAAGGAGAAAACUAGCCCGUAGGUCACAGCAGUGGGAGUGCCAGAACUGUGGAAAGAUUUGUGAGCACUUGUCAAAUUCAACAUGCUUACCACCAACAAAAGAAGAAUCAAACCUUAUAAAGCAAAUAGCUCUGAAGGGAGAGGAACCAUCCGAGAGUGCAGAUGGUACUUUGCGACAGCGCCGAGCAGAUGUUGUGACAGCAGAACUAGUCCAGCAAGGUAUUCCAGCUGAACAAAUGGCUGGUUCUGACAGGAGUUCAGCUGCCAGUAGUGAUUCUCGAGGAAUGACUGUUCUUGUUUGGUUUCUGCUUGUAGCUAUUGCAUUUCUUAUUGUGCGGAGGGUGUUCCUCCUUUAAUUUACUUCUGCUUGUUUACAGCUUUCUGUAAAGAGAGAUUUAUUAAAAAUAUUGCAUUUAUUAAAGAUGAGAA